AUGGAUUUACGCAAACAAUUUCUCUCGUAUCUUAAUCAAUCGGAAUCAUGUGAAUUAUUUUAUAAUUAUAUGAAAUGUGAACAUUUAGCAUAUGUAUUAGAAUUUUAUUUAGCUUGUGAUGGUUUAAAAAAAUUACUUGAUGAUAAAAAUACUCAACGAACAAUUAUCGAACUUAUUUAUAAACAUUACUUAUCAAAUGGUAAAUGUUUAUCGUCAUCAUCAUCAUCAUCAUCAAAAAAAUUCUCUUUAACAAAUGAUUUACUCUAUUCAAUAAAACAACGUUUAAUAAAACACGAAUAUCAUAUUAAGUUUUAUGAACAAGCACAAGAAUAUGUUCUUAAGUAUAUGUUACAAAUGUGUUAUCCAAAAUUUCUUAUUGAACAACAAAACGUACAGGAAAUAAAACGACAAGCAUUAAGUUUAUCAAGAUUUAAUCCAAUGUAUCGACGUUCCAUAUCAACAAGAAAACAAGAAAUUUUCGAUAAAUUAAAACAACAAUCAAAUAAUUCAUUAGAACCAUCAACAUUAAUUGUUAACAAUGAGAUUGAAUUAAAUAAUUCAAAACAAUCACGUUUGAUAAAAAAGAAUCCAUAUGAUCUUGCUCAACGAAAUCCAACAGCAUUUUUUGAAGAAAUUAAAAAUCGUCUAUUAGCUUAUCAAAUAGGAAAUCGUAAUUUAAAAAAUGAAAUUAUUGAUGAUGAUGAUCCAUUUGCUAUUCUUGAUUUACAAAUUGCAAAGACAAUUGAUGAUGCUGAUAAUUGUUUAUUUCAAAGUUCAAUCACUUAUCGAAAUAAUUUUACGAGAUAUGACUCAGGUGUUGGAACAGAUUCAUCAGAAAAAAAUUAUGAAAUAUUUUCUUCAGAAAAACAACAUUUAUUUAUUGAUGUAAUAUGGUAUCCAUCACUCGAUAGUAAUAAUGCUCUUUUAUCAACGAUUCCACAUAUUUAUAAUCAAUUAACAUUUAAAGAAUUUCGUCAUUUAUUUAAUAAACAAACAUCAUACAGAUAUUUCUUUAAAACCAUAUGUUCACCAGAUAUUAAUAAAGAGCAGUAUGUAUUCCGUGAAUUAACCAUGGACGAUGAAUUAAUACCAUUUUAUAAUGGAAAAAUUUUUGUACAGUUAGAUCGACUAUGUUAA